AAUCACUGCUGGCUACUGCAAAGAUAUAAACAAACGGCACUGCUCGGCCACUUUCUAUGGUGCUGUUUAAUAACAAAUUGGAUAUAUUUCACCCACAAUCAUGGCUCUGGCAGUGAAACGAUCAAUUUCGGAAAUCAGCACACUUCCGGAACCGGCCACGAUAGUCCCCCAGAUUACAACCCAUCGGCUCUACAAACGCAUCCGUCGCAAUGCCUGCAAAUCCAGCGGCACACUCACCUCCAUCCUGUCCUACGUAAACAUGCUCGAAGAUGCGUCCAGCAACGAUGCGCUGCAGAUUCUGCUCAAAAUCACCGACUCGAUGCACUUCGAUGAAAGCGAGUUCCCGGACGCCAUCCGCAAGCUGGUGGAACACUUCCAGCGCGAGCCGGAGUCGGCCGUGCGGGUGAAGAUUCUCUCCCUGUUUGCCGAUCUGGCCACCGAAACCGGCAUCGAUGGGCAGCAGCUGAUCGAUGAGGUCAUUAAGCUGCUGAAGGUGGAGCAAUCGGCCAAAGUCAUCUCGCAGGGGCUGAUAGUGCUGGAAAAGAUUGGCAAAUCGUUCACCCCGUCCGUGGCGUACAUCAAUCAGAUGGUGUUUUUCGCCAAGGUGAAGCUGUUCUCGCCCAGCCACAAUGUGCAGCGCCAUGCCAUCCUGCUGUUGGGCGUGUUCGUGCUCGUUUCGGACGCGGAAAAGGAAAGUCUCGAGCUGAUCGGAAAGUACACCGAUUCGCCGGAUGCGCGUGUCCGUGCGCAAGCAUUUCGUUCGAUGUUGACACUGGGGGAGCGGGGCGUGCAGCUGCCACCGUCCCUGUAUCCGAGGGCUUGUGCCUCACUAACGGACGAUUAUGAGUGUGUUAGGAGGGAGGCACUAAACAUGGUUUUCGAGCUGGGCGUGCGGCAUCCGGAAGAGAUGAUAAAAGUGCAAGACUCCGAACAGGAGGUGCGCCUGAUCGAUGACGCGUUCGGCAAGGUUUGCUCUGCGAUUUGUGAUCUCUCGAUGAACAUUCGCACGCUCGCGGCAGAGCUGCUCGGUGGCAUGACGAUGGUGAGCGACGAGUUCCUGCACCAAACGCUGGACAAGAAGCUGAUGAGCAACAUGCGCAAGAAGCGAAGUCUGCACGAGCGAAGCGCGGCCCAUUUCGCAAGCGGAGAGUGGUCGAGCGGCAAAAAGUGGGCCGACGACGCACCGAAGGAAGUCAUCAGUGCCGAUUCCGUGUCGCUGAUGGCGUCCGGCGCGUGCGGGGCCCUGGUGCAGGGGCUGGAGGAUGAAUUUCUCGAGGUGCGUACGGCUUCGGUCAACUCGAUGUGCAAACUGGCGCUCAAGAAUCCGCUGUUUGCGGUCACGUCGCUCGAUUUUCUCGUCGACAUGUUUAACGACGAAAUCGAGGAGGUGCGGCUGCGGGCGAUCUACAGCUUGACCGCCAUCUCGAGGCACAUUAUCCUGCGCGAAGAUCAGCUCGAGACGAUGCUCAGCUCGCUGGAAGAUUACUCGGUGGAGGUGCGCGAAGGGCUGCACCUCAUGCUGGGAGCGUGUAAAGUGUCCACCAAGGCGUGCCUCACGCUCGUUGUGCAGAAAGUGCUGGAUGUGCUGCUAAAGUACCCGGAAGAUCGUCUCUCGACGUUCGGGUGCAUGCAGCGCGUGGGCCAGAAGCAUCCGGAGAUUUGCAUGUCCAUCACGCCACAGCUACUGCUGGACCAUCCGUUCUUCGAUAGCGCCGAACGAGACGUUGAAGAUCCCGCGUACGUGUGCGUACUUAUCAUGCUGUUCAAUGCAGCGCAGCAUCUACCGGCCAUGCUGAGCUUGUUCCCCGAAACCACAAUCAAACACUACGCGUACCUGCGUGACACGAUGCCCAACUUUGUGCCUCGCCUGGCCGUUGGCGGAGACACGAAGGAGCUCAAUCUGAUCGGGUCCACUGGCUCGAGACAGUUCCUGGAAACGCUGCUUAGCAACAUUCAGCGCGCCUACUCCGCUCCCCAGGCCCGGCAAGCGUUGCUGAAAGCGGCCCAGGAUGAUUUGGAUCGCUUGGCCGAGAUUGAUCCGGCCUUCUCGGGAACGGCCAACUUCACGUCCGUGUUUUUCGGCGCACAGCUGCAGAUGGAGCAGCUGCAGCUGGCCGCCACGGGCCAUUCGAUCAAGGCCCCGAUCAAGGAGUGUCUUCUGCAGCUGAUCAAAAAGUGUCUGAUGCUGCAGAAUCUCUUCUCGAACCUCACGAUCGAUGAUCAGUUGUUGGUGAAGCAAAUGUGUCUACGCGCCAGUGCCCUCAAUCUGGUGCUAAUCGUGAAGGACCGGUCGCAGAGUGCCCUCGGGCCUUGCCAGCUAUUGCUGCACAUUGCAAGCGAUGCGAGUAGCUUCCUGCAGGAAAAUACCCCGCUCAUUGCGGACACGUUUACGAGCGCCAUCCUGACCAAGCUGGCAUCGGUGGGCGAUCCGAAACCGGGCCGUGUUUAUCGAGAGAUUUUACCGAUCGUUCAGACGGCUGCCCCAGUAGUUAUUCCCCAAAUCAACACAAAUAUCAAAAUGUGCAAAGCACGAAUCAUUGAACCGACCGAAAACUCGUACAGCGCGGAGAACGUCAUCAAGGUGACGGCGGGGUUGAUCGCUGCGGUUCCGUUUGUGGCCGAGUUGGAAAAUCUGCAGCAAAGCCAGCGGCAAGAUCUGCGCCUGAAGGUGAAGUAUCCGGACCAGAACGUGCACAUCAUCGUGCCGCGCAAGCGCGACCUGAAGAAGGUAAUGACGGAGCAGGGCGAAAGCGAAUCGCAGUGGCGAUUGCGGACGAAGGUUCUGCUGUCGCACGGCGUCUGGACCGAAGCAUCGACCGUUGAGAUAACGAUCUGUUUGUCGGUAAAGCCCAACAAUGAGCUGGAGCUGUGCAAACCGGUCAAGGUGCACUUUGCACCCAAACCCGUCAAACGAGGAUUGUAAGACGAAGCUCACAGUGGGUGGACUGGCGCACUAACUAACUAACGUUAAGUCUAAUUUGUAUGUACAUUUAAAACAAAAUACAAAUACUAAAAAAGGAGAA